AUUUUUUAUUAUUUUUUCUUUCUCUAUAUAUGAACAAGAGGCAAGAUAAAAGAGAACGACUUGGGUAUUGUUUUUAGUUUUCAUUUUUCAUUUUUUUUUUCUCUCGUAAAUUUGUUUUUGUUCUUUCUCAUUCUCUUUGCCUCCGUCGACCCUUCACCAACAACACAGUGUUCUGUUCUUCAAUUCAACCAUGAAACUUCUUUCUUCUUAACGCAACAAGCUUCAUCUGGGUCUCUCUCGCUUCUUCUUCUGCUUCUGCUUCCGCUUCCAUGGAGGUGAAUGCGCCUCAAGUUAAUAAUGAGCUAGUGAAUGGUAUCGAUGAGCGAGGAGAUGAAAAACCAGAAUGGUGCAUUGCUUAUGAUGUUUUUGGUGAUUCGGAAAUAUCUCCUCGGGAGGGUGAGGAGUACCAGGUUGAACUUCCUCCUUUAAUUUCAAAAUCUGAGUAUUGUUUGUCAAGGAACACCGACGAGGAAGAAAGUACACUCCAUAACUUUCAAGUAGGAUUACCUAUUCCAAUCAUUUGGAUAAAGGACGGAGCAGAAAAAAACAACGACGAUCCACUGAAAGACGAAUGGAAGUCAACACCAGAAGUAGAACGCAUUCAGAAAUGUUUGGACCGUGAGAAGUUGAAUCCUAAACUUGAGGCUAUGGACAGUACAUUGUUCAAUAGAAAGAAUUCUGAUAUGAAGCAAGAAACAAAGAUUGUGAUGCAAGAGGAACAUAGACAUAAAGGCCAGAUUCCGGUUCCAGGUUCUCCAAGUGACACUUGGACUGAAGCUGAAGAGGACGGUUUCGUCCUUGGCUUGUAUAUAUUUGGGAAGAACCUCGUUCAAGUGAAAAGAUUUAUUGGCAAUAAGAAGAUGGAGGAUAUACUGUCAUUCUAUUAUGGGAAAUUUUAUAAGUCUGACAAGUAUCUCAGAUGGGCUGGUUGUAGGAAAAUGAAAACCAGGAAAUGCAUUUUCGGGCAAAGAAUUUUCACUGGAGCACGGCAACAUGAGCUUUUGUCUCGUCUACUGCAGAAUGUAUCGGUGAAAUGUGAAAAUAAACUACGCGAGGUGUCGAAGACAUUUUUAGACGGGAAAAUGCUUUUAGAAGAUUAUGUUUUAACUCUAAAAGCUUCAGUUGGGAUCAAAGCACUUGUCGAGGCAGUAGCAGUUGGUAAAGGGAAACAAGAUCUUACAGGUCUAUCUGUUGACUCUGUAAAGUCCACUCAGACCAUUCCAGUUCGCCCAGAAAUACCAGUUGGUAAAGCCUGUUCAAAGCUUACAGCUUCGGAAAUAAUAAGCUUUCUAACAGGUGAUUUCAGAUUAAGUAAAGCUCGAGCUAGUGAUCUCUUUUGGGAAGCUGUUUGGCCUCGUCUACUUGAGAGAGGUUGGCACUCGGAGCAGCCGAGAAGUUAUAAUUAUGCUGCUGCUUCUAAGGCUACUUUGGUAUUCCUUGUCCCUGGAGUUAAAAAGUUUUCCAGGAAGCUAGUUAAGGGGAAUCAUUAUUUUGAUUCUUUAUCUGAUGUACUUGGUAAAGUUGCGUCCGAUCCUGAGCUAAUUGAUCUCGAGACAAAUGCAGAUAAUGAUUGCACAAACAAUGAAGGAAAUGGAUGGACAAAAGAUACAAAACUGGACCGUGAAAAUUCCCCUGCUGAUGAGCCGCGUCAUUGCUAUCUCAAGAUGAAAACUCCAAACCGCAGUACAGAUGUAAUAAAAUUUACUGUUGUAGAUACAAGUCUUGCGAGUGAAAAGACGAAUAAUGUGAGAGAACUGAGAAGCUUACCAUUUGGAGUUUUAACAGCUUCUACCUUGGACACUGAUUCUGAUGACGAAAGCACUUCAGAGGAAGAGGAAACAAAUGAAUCUGAGUCUGCAAAUGGCACAUGCUUUGAUAGUGGGAAGGAUCAUAUUAGUAAAGCCGGUAAACUUAACAUUGUUAAGGGUGAAUCUUCAGAUAUGAAUGGUUUAGAAAUUAAGCCUUCAAAAGAGGAGCUUCCAAUAAGCAGCAUGGUCUCGACUAGUUUAUCAGCUGCCUUGAUAGACCAGAAGACAUACGUCUUGGAAAACAAACGGAGAAGAGACAGUGUGAAGUGUCAAUCACUCCAGAAAAUAGUAUCUGAUAACCUAAUUGAUCAUGUCCCUAUUACAAAAAAAAGAAGGAGAUUAUCUGCAUGUAGCCGUGCAAAGAAAAAUGGAAACAUAACUAAUUUCUUUGUGGUUCCUCCGAGAGUUAAACAAGAGGAGGUCAGUUUCAGUUUGGAUCAAGCCAACUCAAAUUACAGCGAGAAUGUAACUGCUGAUUCUGUAGCUCCCAGCGUAAAACAAGAGAAGGCCAGUUACUUUGCUUACAAUGCAAAAUCUAGUGACAGUGUUCUUUCAUCUGCAGAGAAGGUAACUCCACCUCAGGAGAAUAACUCUUUAGUAGGUUUUCCAACUCAGGAGAUAAAAAAAUCAGCAGAGCCUCUGUCAGAUCCCAGCUCACUCAUCUGCAGAGAAGGUGUCUCUGAUGCUAGUUCUUCCGGAACAAAGGAACAACAUCAGGAACCUCGGCCAAGGACUAUGAUUGACCUUAACUUACCUGUUUCACCAGAAGCUGAUGUUGAUGAACCUUUUGUGAAUGAAAUGACUGAGAUACAGAAAAGUGAAACAGGCAAGGAAUCAGGUGAGGUCAGCGUCGAGAAAAACUUUGAACCGGUUGAUCACUCAGACUUGCAGCACGACGUACAAGCUCGGAGGACAAGCACAAGAAACCGACCACCAACAACGAAAGUGCUGGAAGCUUUUGCCUUUGGAUUUCUAGACAAAAAGGAGAAGCGCGGUAGAAGUAGAGACAGUUCGGUAUCAAAACCUUCGCGGCGUGUGCGUCGUAAAGUGGAAGAAUCUAGUAGUGCUGUUGCAGAUUCUGAAAAGGAGGAAAGAGCAGAUGUUUUUGGUAGCGCUGGCAGUAACAGUGAUGUGUUAUAUACAGGUUUCAAACAAUGAUGUCUUAUAAUGAGAGAUUGAAUUUCAUUGUAUGUCUCAAUACUUUGAGAUAACAGCAUUUGAUCUUUCAUUCAUUGAACUAGUACAGUACAUUAUACAUAAUUUGAUGUUAGAUACAAACUUCGAACUCGAAGUUUUAUUAUAGCUUAAGGCCUUAUAGUUUUUCCCAGAGAAUGUACUGAUCCAUCUGGCCUCUGGUUGUUUUGUCAGCUGUGCACUCAACAGAAUAUGAAGUUGAAGUGAUUUUCCCCUGUUUGGGUUUUGUAAGCAUGCACAUAUGAAUGUUUUUCAUUCAUAAUUAAUUGGUGGUUGCUUUGUAGUAAACUUUUCUUUGUCUUAUUA